AUGGCUACGCUUAAUUUCAUCACUAAUUUGAAAAAUCUUGCAUACAACAUUCUUAAAACUUUCGAAGAUAGUCUUGUCGAUAAUAUAGAGAUUCCAGAGUUAGACGAGUGUUCAAAAUGUAGUAAUAAAAUUGUUUUACAACCCAUAAAAGCAGUCACAAUCUUAUCGUGUGGUCAUAUUUUUCAUCGUAUCUGUAUUGAAAAAGAACUAUUACUUUCGCGAAAAGAAUCAUGUCCUUAUCCCAACUGUAAUAAUUUCGUUGACAUUCUUGAGGAAUUUUCUAGGCAAGAUUCUGGAUUGAGUACGUCGUCAAUAAUUGGUAGAAUGGAGAAAAAUCUCACAAUAGCAUCUCAAGGGAAUCCGGACGAAGAUAUGGUGGAUGUGAACGAUUCACGAAGUGAGAAUACCCCCAUAUCUGAAGCAGACGAACAUAGUCGCUCAAACAAUAGAAGUGCAAACUUAGGGUCUAACAAAAGAUCUCUCGAAGAUGUAUCCAGUAAGAAAGCGAAAAAGCGAAUUAAAAAAGAAGACUCACCCUCACUGAAGAGACUUAUAACUGAAUUGACCACUGAGACUUCCGAGACUUUUGGAGGCGCAGAGCGCUCUGCGGUGGUACCACAAAAGCAGAUUUCUGAAGUAUACAGUAAAAACACUACGGAUUUUUUACGGCUCAAUGAUAAUAUUACUCAUGCAGAAUCCCGAAACGAAAGCACAAACCGGGAGGUUAUUCGAUGUUAUUAUUGCUUUGGGGAUAUUUUAUUGCAGCGCUUAAAUUAUUAUAAAGGUUUGGACCAUAGCGAUUUAGCAUCCAAAACAUUAGUUAACGAGGAAGUUCGAAAACAAAUUGGUGAUAAAAUCUCCAACGACACUCUACGCAAAAGAACUGAAAAGGCGAGAAAGAUAUUUGCUCUUCUUAAUAACGGUUUUAAAGAUAAGGGGGAAAACAUGAUUAUUCGAAUUAGAACAUUUACAGCAUCGUCAAUAUCGAAAUUAAGUUGGGAGGAAAUUGAGUAUGUAUCGGCAGAAAUUAUUCGUUCCGCGCCAUCCAACCAGGAAUUUUGA